UCGCGGUGGACUGCGCGCAGCGGGCCGGCGCGGGCGGCUCGCACGCCGGGCUGUGGGAGCGCCUGAGCAGCCGCGCCCAGGCGCUGCUCCCAGACCUGACGGCCGCGGAGCUCUGCCGAGCCUUGUUCGGCUUCUACCGCGCGCGGCAUAGCGACGAUGGCCUCCUCCACGGGUCUUGCGAGGCGAUCCUGACGGAGACGCCCGGAACGGACCUGAAGCCGAACGACGCAGCGCUGCUGCUGAAGGCGCUCUCGAAGCACAGGUUCGUGCACCUGCCCGCCACGGACUUCCUGCUGCGACGCUGCGCCGAGGAGUUGCCGAGCGCCACCGCCGCGGACAUCUCGCACCUGCUGUCCGCCGUGGUGCGCCUAGGCCUCCGCGAGCGCCUCGCGGAGCGCGGGCCGCACCCGGGCCUGCUGGGCCGCCUCUUCGCCGCCGCCCGCGCGCAGCUGGCCGACGCUUACCUGCCCCCGGCCGACCUGACGAACCUGUGCGCGGCCGCGGCGCUGCUGCCUGCCGUGGAGCAGUCGGCCGCGCUCCUCGCCGCGGCCGCGGGGCAGCUGCGGGGCCGAGCGGACCGGGCGGCCGCCGCGCCUCCGCGCGACGUGGUCCGACAUCGGAUCUUUGGGUCCGAUCCGAUAUCGGUCUUGGCCGGCUCCAUCUGA